AUGUUUGAUGCCCUAGUUGAAGCGAUGAAGGCAUCACCCGAGCCGGGCAUGGAAGCUCUACCGCAAGAGCGGAAACGCUUUCCAAAGCUAAAGGGUUCGGAGUUGGACGGUCUCCUCGAUUUAUUUCGGCAGUGUUUUGCUCGGAGUUCCGGCACAUAUGCCGAUUGGACAAGACUUGCUACCAAGAUAGGUAAAGCUAUUCUGCUCACCAAGUUUGCCUUCAAAGAGAUUAUUCGAAAACUAGCCAGCCAACACAAGUGGGCCACGGCGCCGGUCCCCGACCUAUGGGCGCGGGUGAUAAAUAUUCCACGGCAGAGGCAACCAAACUCAAAGACAUAUGUACCGCACGUCUCGGUCCUGCUCGCGCUCAUCGCUUACGAGAGGGCACAGACGACGAAUGGCGAGUCAUCGUGGGCAUAG